ACGCCCAUCAUAGGGCAAAAGUACGGGGACCAGCGCACAGCUGCAGGGCGGAAUGGGAAGCCGCAAGUCAUCGCUGUGACCCGGAGCACGUCCUCCACCUCCUCUGGAUCCAACUCCAACGGCCUGGUGCCCGUCAGCUGGAAGAGGCCCCAACUCUCUCAGGUACUUUCAGCCACGGGAUAUGUUACAAUGUGGUUUGAUAUGUUUAACAUUGAAAUGUCUUAUGCAUUUUUUUUGUUAAUGUUGUCUUAUUUCAGAGGAGAACCAGAGAAAAGCUCAUGAACGUUCUCUCUCUGUGUGGUCCUGAGUCUGGCGUUCCCAAGAAUCCUUCUGUAAGACACCUGGCAUGUCAAACUGUGAGCGAGCAUGACUAGUGAUCAACUUCAGAAAAAUAUAUCCCAUCCCUCCAUGUGGUUAUUGAACAUGUUUACCAUAACUGUACUAUCUCUGUCUGUGUUUAGGUGGUGUUCUCAUCCAACGAGGACCUGGACUCAGGUGAUCAGCAAACCAGUUUGAUCCCCACGGUGGAGGAGGUGGUGAGGGAGGAGGACAUGCAGGGAGAGGAUGCAGGAAGUGAGCAGCAGUUUGGAGUCUUCAAGGACUUUGAUUUCCUGGACGUGGAGCUGGAGGAUGCUGAGGUGAGGGGUGAUUUACUGUACACUAGGAGAAGUCAUCUGUACACACACACAUAUUUUUAAUGUCUUGCAUAUGAUCAUUUGCAAUAGUUGCUCUGCUAUUGCAUCAUUUCAGAUCAUGUUGUGAUGGGUGACAGUAAAUGGUUUCAUUCAGUGUGUGAUUGUGUGCUCGUGCACUCAAGUACGUUUGAGUGUGUGUCUUAACGUUUGUGCGAGUGUGUAUACAGGUCUUGGUAUGACUUUUCUUCCAUGUUGUCCUCUAACUGUCCCCACUGCCUACUUUUCCUAACUCACAUGUUACCUUUCCUCUUUUCCUGCCACAAGGAGUUGCAGGUAAGUUUUGGGCCAGCAGGAGCUUUUUAAAGCUGCUCUCCUCAGUGCCCUGGUGUCCCUCUGUCAGUCAUGUGAUUGUCAUCCUGUAGAAGCACCUGUUUUGUCAGUCUAGAAACAGGCAGCCAAUGAAGCAUGCCACAAAUACUUGUAGUUUCAUGAUCGAUGUAGUCUGCACUUUGUCCUGAUUUCCCUCCUCUGUGCUUUUAUUUCGUUUAAAAGUAAGUUUUGCAGCUCUAUGUCCGAAGUGAUAAGGGUCAAACAGCCUUCGAGAAAAGGCGUUGUUUCCUCCACUUCCCAUUACUGCAAACACAGCUCUUUAGAUGUGGCAUGUUAGUGGCAUGUUGUGAUCCAUCCACAUUUUCGACAGCUAUCUCAAACUUCAGUUAGUUCUACUGGAAUCUAACUGCUGUUUCCUUGGGUGCCCUGUAGGGGGAGAGCAUGGACAACUUUAACUGGGGCGUACGUCGGCGCUCCCUGGACAGCAUGGACAAGGGGGAGGGAGACGGGGACACGCCAUCCCUGCAGGAGUGCCAGUACACCGGGAGCACGCCCAGCCUCAACCUCACCAACCAGGAGGACACGGACGAGUCCUCUGAGGAGGAGGUACUGAGCGCUAGCCAGAUUCUCACCCGCUCUGGCCUCGUAAGUCUCACCCACCACCAGGGUGCCCCUCUCCCCCUCCUGCCCCCAUGCUCCUCACACAGCCCGUUGGCA